GCCUCCCCGUGCCUAGGGUGCCGCCACCGCCACCGCCGCCGCUGUUGCUGCCGCCGCCGCCGCCCGAGACUCGCGCAGAGCAGUUAUGGCGGAUCCCGCAGCGCCCGCGUCCUCGCCCGCGCCCGCUCCCGCCCAGGCCCCCGCCGCCGCCGCCCCGACCCCGGCCGCAGCCCCCGCCGCCGCCCCGCCGCCCGCGCCCGCCACGGACUCGGCCUCAGGGCCGUCCUCCGACUCCGGCCCCGAAGCGGGCUCGCAGCGCCUGCUGUUCUCUCACGACCUGGUGUCGGGCCGUUACCGCGGCUCCGUGCACUUCGGGCUGGUGCGCCUCAUCCACGGCGAGGACUCGGACUCGGAGGGCGAGGAGGACGGCCGCGGCAGCUCGGGCUGCUCCGAGGCCGGGGGCGCGGGCCACGAGGAGGGCCGGGCCAGCCCGCUGCGGCGCGGUUACGUGCGUGUCCAGUGGUACCCGGAGGGCGUCAAGCAGCACGUAAAGGAGACCAAGUUGAAACUGGAAGACCGCUCUGUGGUGCCCCGGGAUGUGGUCCGCCACAUGCGUUCAACUGACAGUCAGUGUGGCACAGUGAUAGAUGUCAACAUUGACUGUGCUGUCAAGCUCAUUGGCACCAACUGCAUCAUCUACCCUGUCAACAGCAAGGACCUCCAGCACAUCUGGCCCUUCAUGUAUGGAGACUACAUCGCCUAUGACUGCUGGCUGGGGAAGGUCUAUGACUUGAAGAACCAGAUUAUCCUUAAGUUGUCUAACGGUGCCAGGUGCUCCAUGAACACAGAAGAUGGUGCCAAACUCUACGAUGUCUGCCCACACGUCAGCGACUCGGGUCUCUUCUUUGAUGACUCCUAUGGCUUCUACCCAGGCCAAGUGCUUAUUGGCCCUGCCAAGAUCUUCUCCAGUGUCCAGUGGCUCUCAGGGGUCAAGCCUGUACUCAGCACCAAGAGCAAGUUCCGUGUGGUGGUGGAGGAGGUACAGGUUGUAGAGUUGAAGGUCACAUGGAUUACCAAGAGUUUCUGCCCUGGGGGCACGGACAGCGUUAGCCCCCCACCUUCUGUCAUCACUCAGGAAAACCUAGGCAGGGUGAAGCGUCUCGGAUGCUUUGACCAUGCUCAGCGGCAGCUUGGGGAACGCUGUCUAUAUGUCUUCCCAGCCAAGGUAGAGCCGGCCAAGAUUGCCUGGGAAUGUCCAGAAAAAAACUGCGCCCAGGGGGAGGGCUCUAUGGCCAAGAAGGUGAAGCGCCUGUUAAAGAAGCAGGUUGUGAGGAUCAUGUCCUGCGCCCCAGAUAGCCAGUGUCCUAGAGACCAUUCCAUGGAAGAUCCAGACAGGAAAGAGGAAGCCAGAGCCAGGGGUGAAGGAGGCUCUGCCAGCCCUGAGGAACAACCUGAUGGAUCAGCCAGCCCAGUGGAAAUGCAGGACGAGGGGUCAGAGGAGGCUCAGGAGACAGGCGAGCCACUGCCCCCCUUCCUGCUGAAGGAGGGUGGAGACGAUGGGCUGCACUCAGCAGAGCAGGAUGCCGACGAUGAAGCUGCGGAUGACACAGACGACACCAGCUCAGUGACCUCCUCCGCCAGCUCUACCACCUCCUCCCAGAGCGGCAGUGGCACUAGUCGUAAGAAGAGUAUUCCCUUGUCCAUCAAAAACUUGAAGCGAAAACACAAGAGGAAGAAGAAUAAGAUUACCCGUGACUUUAAGCCUGGAGACAGGGUGGCCGUGGAGGUCGUGACCACGAUGACCUCAGCUGAUGUGAUGUGGCAGGAUGGCUCUGUGGAAUGCAACAUCCGUUCCAAUGACCUCUUCCCUGUGCACCACCUGGACAACAACGAGUUCUGCCCGGGAGACUUUGUGGUGGACAAGCGAGUCCAGAGCUGCCCAGACCCUGCUGUCUACGGUGUGGUGCAAUCCGGGGACCAUGUUGGCCGAACCUGCAUGGUGAAGUGGUUCAAGCUGCGGCCUAGUGGGGAUGAUGUGGAGCUCAUUGGAGAAGAGGAAGAUGUGAGUGUCUAUGACAUUGCUGACCACCCUGACUUUCGCUUCCGCACAACUGAUAUUGUCAUCCGCAUUGGCAACACUGAGGAUGGGGCUCUGCCCAAGGAGGAUGAGCCAUCAGUGGGCCAGGUGGCCCGAGUGGACGUCAGCAGCAAGGUGGAAGUGGUGUGGGCCGACAAUUCAAAAACCAUCAUCCUGCCACAGCACUUAUACAACAUUGAGUCCGAGAUCGAGGAGUCAGACUACGAUUCAGUAGAAGGCAGCACCAGUGGGGCAUCCUCCGAUGAGUGGGAAGAUGACAGUGACAGCUGGGAGACAGACAACGGGCUGGUGGAUGAUGAGCACCCCAAGAUAGAAGAGCUCGCCAUCCUGCCCACUGAGCAGCCAGCGGCCCCUGAGGACGACAAGGGGGUCGUUAUCAGUGAAGAGGCGGCCACAGCGGCCAUCCAGGGAGCUGUGGCCAUGGCUGCCCCCGUGGCAGGGCUGAUGGAGAAAGCUGGUAAGGAUGGUCCUCCCAAGAGUUUUCGGGAACUGAAAGAGGCCAUCAAGAUCCUGGAGAGCCUCAAGAACAUGACCGUGGAGCAACUGCUCACAGGCUCCCCCACCUCACCUACCGUGGAGCCUGAGAAGCCAACCCGGGAGAAGAAGUUUCUGGAUGACAUCAAGAAGCUACAGGAGAACCUCAAGAAGACCCUAGACAAUGUGGCCAUCGCAGAGGAGGAGAAGAUGGAGGCAGUGCCUGACACAGAGCGCAAGGAAGAGAGAGCUGAGGUGCAGUCACCAGUGAAGGCCGAAUGGCCCAGUGAGACUCCCGUGCUCUGCCAACAGUGUGGUGGCAGGCCUGGCGUCACCUUCACCAGUGCCAAGGGCGAGGUGUUCUCUGUGCUGGAGUUUGCGCCCUCAAACCACUCUUUCAAGAAGAUUGAGUUCCAGCCUCCGGAAGCCAAGAAGUUUUUCAGCACAGUGCGGAAGGAGAUGGCUCUGCUGGCCACCUCCUUGCCUGAUGGCAUCAUGGUCAAGACUUUCGAGGACAGAAUGGACCUCUUCUCAGCACUAAUCAAGGGCCCCACUCGGACUCCCUACGAAGAUGGCCUCUACCUGUUUGACAUCCAGCUUCCUAACAUCUACCCAGCAGUGCCCCCGCACUUUUGCUACCUCUCCCAGUGCAGUGGCCGCCUGAACCCGAACCUGUAUGACAACGGGAAGGUGUGCGUCAGCCUCCUGGGUACCUGGAUUGGAAAGGGGACAGAGAGGUGGACAAGCAAGUCCAGUCUUCUCCAGGUGCUCAUCUCCAUCCAAGGUCUGAUCCUGGUGAAUGAACCAUACUACAACGAAGCUGGCUUUGAUAGUGACCGGGGCCUGCAGGAAGGCUAUGAGAACAGCCGCUGCUACAAUGAGAUGGCAUUGAUCCGAGUUGUACAGUCCAUGACCCAGUUGGUGCGACGGCCUCCUGAGGUCUUUGAGCAGGAGAUCCGGCAGCACUUCACUGUGGGUGGCUGGCGACUGGUGAACCGAAUUGAGUCCUGGCUGGAAACCCACGCCAUGCUGGAGAGGGCCCAGGCACUGCCCAAUGGUGUCCCUAAAGACAGCAGCUCUCUGGAGCCCAUGGCUGUAGCUGAACUCUCAGACUCCGGCCGUGAGGAACCUGAGGAUGUCGGGAUGGCCCCUGGGGAGGCCUCGCAGGGCUCAGACUCAGAGGGUGGUGCCCAGGGCCCCGCCUCAGCCAGCAGAGACCACACAGAGCAGACUGAGACAGCCCCUGAUGCGUCAGUACCACCCAGCGUUAGACCAAAGAGGAGGAGAAAGAGCUACCGAAGCUUCCUGCCUGAGAAGAGUGGUUACCCUGACAUCGGCUUCCCCCUCUUCCCGCUCUCCAAGGGCUUCAUCAAGAGCAUCCGAGGGGUCCUGACACAGUUCCGUGCUGCCCUUCUGGAGGCAGGCAUGCCGGAGAGUACAGAAGACAAGUAGUUGCCAGCGCUUGGAAAAGGAGUGUUAUGGUGGGAGAGGCCAGCCGCUGCCUGCUCCCUCUCUUUCUGAGAUGUUGCCCCUCUUCCUGCCCUUUCCUGUCCCCAGUUGGAGCCUUCUACUGCCUUCUCCUCCCUGCGGCAAGUUUGAUGCUGAAGUGCAAGAAGUGUCCCAAGAUGCUGCGUUCUGUCCCUCAGUGGUGUUUCAAAGGCAGGUCCCUGAGGCACUGGGAACUCCACUAAUGUUCCUCUUGCUGCCCCAGGCAGAAUGUCCUGGCACUUGCUUCCUAGCUGUCCCUUCUCAGGUCAGAGGUGGGGUGUUGAGGAACCUGCAGAUGGCAGGAGGGUGGACGUGCCUUGCAUGAAGUGUGGCUGCUCCUGCAAUGCUCCCAGUCCCUUUUCUCUUCAGCUUGACUGUAGCCUCCCACAUCCCAGACCCUCCUGCCACACUGGGUCCUUUAUCCCCUGUUACUCCACCUCUUGGAGCUAUGGCUGCUGUGGCUGGCUCUGGGCCCGCCAGUGCGCUGUAGCCCUUAGGCCUGUUGACCUUACUCUCUAAGAGAGCUUAAGAAUAAGCUAAGGUUCAACGUGACACCCAGGAGAAGUGGUAGCCCUUGCAUAGAAACAGGAGAGGAGUUGAGGACAGUUUGCUGCUUGGAAAGAAAUGGCUGUAGGUGCCUUGCUCUUCCAGUCCAAGAUGGCGGUGACACUGGCAGCCCUGCCCGAACCCGCCGGUAUGGGCUCUUCUUUCAUCUGCUCCAUUCAGCCUCAUUUUAUCCCCAUUGAGAUGGCAGGAGCAUCUGCACAAACCGGGCCAGCAACCAGGGCCAUUCCCAUCCAGUGGCCCAGCCUCUUCCGGCAGCCUUGGCUUAUAGACUCUGUAAGGACAGUCUGAGGGAGGAGGCUGGAAGGCAGCAGGAGCUCCACCCCACCUCCACAGGCCCAAAGGUUUACAAGUUUCUAAGCUUUUGAUAAUGUGAAGCUCCAGGUAGAGAGGACGCUGUUGAGCACACUGCAGCUAUGUCGUUUCUAGUGUAUGUAUGUAAUAUUUAAGGUUGGAAAAAUAAAUCUCAGAAGCAAAGAUACUAACUCUUACUAGAAAAAGACAAACAAAAAACAAAACAGACAAAAAAAAAAAAAAAAAAGCCAAAGCAUGAUGCGUCUUGUCAGCCUUAAAUGGGCUCCACGCCUGUUCUGUGCCAGGACCACCAGGGCAGCAAAGCCUUGGGAAGGACAGAGCCAGAAACUGGAACGGUCACCAGGAACCACCGGCACCUGAGGACAUGGGUGCUGGUUGGGCUGUGCAUCCCAGGGCAUCAUUCAUGUGGAGAUGUGAAUGCCUACUGCUUAUAAUACCUGUAUAAAGUGCUGUGUGAUUAAACUUUUUUUUACUUGCAUUUUUUGGGGGGCUGGCUCAUUAACAAGACAAGGUGACACCAUUAAACCUGCCUCUGCCGUUCA